GUAAAAAUGUCGUGUGUGAAAUGCAACAGUUGUAAUAUUGUCAUUGACGAAUUAUUGUCCUACAUACAAAACAAAAUAUCAAUAUCGGACGAAGAAAGCCUUGUGAAAAUAUGUUCAUCGUUUUUUACUACUGAGCAGAUCGAAAAUUCCAACAUAUUGUUGUUUCAAGCUGUACCAUCCGAACUCAAGCGAAAAAUACGUAAAGGAAAAGGAAAGGAGAACCGUGAGCUGUAUGAUAUUAUAAGCUUUUUUAAAGCUACUGAUCAGGAUGUGCUACCGAUAUUUGUGGCCCGUGAUUUGGAGAAACUGCCUCCAAUUACGUUCGAUCACCUGGAUGUUUCAAAACUCCUCAAGGAUUUAGUACGGGUACAAACAGAGAUCGAGACUUUAAAAUCAUCAUGUGUGACUAUAAAUCAAUUUGAGGAUUUUAAGAACGAAUUUCUUAAAGUCAAAGAACGCUCGCCGCCUUUUUCUGCUGUUAAAGUUAACAUGAAGAGAGGUGCGUAUUGUAACAGUGGCCCUAUGGGGCUUUCGCAUCUGGACGAGUCAUUAUUGCAAAGUUAUGAAAACAAGACUUGUGACGAGAUUAUAAGCAACGAAAACUGUCUUCAAUAUAGAAGCAUAAACAUAAAAAAUCUCGAGGGUAUAAGUAAAACCGCUCCAAUUCAAAACCAAACUGGUGACGACCGCGGGAUGACCUCAUAG